AUGGAGCGGCAUUAAUGCCUGCCGCUGCACGGCAACCGCAGAAGGGUUAUUACUGUUAAUGGCACAGCCCUGCCAAAUAGCUGUGCAGCAACAUGGACAGACUUGCAAGGAAUGUUAUCCCAUUGCAGCAAAAGCAAGGAAGGUGUGACGGAGCAAUUUAGCCAGACAGCAAACCACUCUGCUUUUUCUGAACAGAAAAGUCUGACCACGGGCUCCACGGUGGAACGUUCCCGGGAGGGCGAGCCUUGUGACGUCAGCGCCCCUACUCCUAAUCCUCCCUGCUGGGGAGGGGGAGCCAUGAGGUCAUCGCGGGGGCCAGCCUAGUUCUCUCUCCGGAGGCGGCACCACAAGCAGCAGCAGCAGCCAUGGAGGAGGAGGAGGCAGCAGGAGCAGGAGCAGCAAGGGAGGCCCAGAAGCCGCAGGUCGGCUCUUUCCUGCCGGUGCUGGUGGAGCAGAUGGCGGGCGACACCUUGGUGGUCACCUGGAGCAGCGGGGAGAGGCGCUUCACGGGGGUCCUGCUGGAUUGCACGAAAAAAUCUGGUUUAUCUUGUGUCCCCCCAGCUUCAUUACCAAAAAUGGAUGACCCAGCUAUCAAUCCUUGCACUAAUGGCAAGCCCGAAGACAGAGAGCCUACGAAGCUGGAGACUGAACGGUGGUCUUGGGAAGAAAAGCCUCCCAAGGUCAAUGGGGAGGAGAAAGUUCCUCCUCUCUUGCCUCCACCACCACCAGGCACUGUUCUUCCAUAUCCUCCCUAUUUUGAGGGAGCCCCCUUCCCACCUCCAUUGUGGCUAAGACACAGCUAUAAUCAGUGGGUCCCUCAGCCACCUCCAAGGACUAUAAAAAGGACUAAAAGGCGAUUGUCCCGUAAUAGAGACCCCGGCAGGCUCAUCAUGAGCACCAUUAGACUGAGGCCACGACAAGUGCUUUGUGAAAAAUGUAAGAACACUUUGAACCCAGAGGAGAAUAACUCAGCCAGGCAAAAUGUGAAAACCAGGCGGAAGCUCAGCAUCCAGGAUAAGGAACAGAAGAGACACGGCGAAUCAGACUUCGGAGAGAAAAGGAGCAAGCGAGAAAAGCGCGAGGAGGAUAAGUUUCCUGGUGAGCUUUUGCAUCGGACUCCCGUUAUAAAAAUAUCUUACAGCACCCCGCAAGGCAAAGGAGAAGUGGUGAAAAUUCCCUCCCGGAUCCAUGGCUCAGGGAAGCCGUUUUGUUCUCAGCGGUUACUGCAGAAUGGAGGGGAGGACCAAGAGGAGGCCAAAGAUUUGCAACGCUAUCAGGAAACCAAAUGUUUUAUAGACAAGCCGUCGAGUGGUCACCUUGCUUCCAUUCCAAAGCUAAAAUUAACCAGGCCUGUGAAUUCCAGUGCAGAUGUGCCACCUCCAAAAAUCAGGCUGAAGCCCCAUCGUCUGAACGAGGGGGAUGUUUCAAUUUACAAAGCAGAACUUAUCGAUGAGAUGAAUGUCCUUUCCACUCGUGGAGAAUCCCAUGCUGCUACGGCUGCUACUUUUUAUACUGACGAAUCCGCAGAUAGAAGUUUAGCCGAGAUGUCUUCAGGAAGCUCCUGUGAAGAUGAAGACUUUAAAAGGUUUCCUCAGAAUAAAGAUGGACACGAUAACUUGGCUUUCCUUAUGAAUUACCAUAAAAGAAAAGCUGAUUCCUCGAGCUUAUCGGUAUGUAGCAAUGACAGCUUAGAUGAAUCCAAAUCUUCUAGUUCAGAAGUCACAUCGCCGGAAAUGUGUGACUUUUUACCUGGUGAUGACGCCUCGGUCUCAUCGUCAUCAAAAGAUGAGCGUAAGAUUGUGCCCCCCUUAACAGUUAGACUGCACACCCAAAGUGUUUCCAAAUGUGUCACUGAAGAUGGAAGGACUGUUUCAGUGGGAGACGUUGUUUGGGGCAAAAUCCAUGGCUUCCCAUGGUGGCCGGCCCGGGUCCUUGAUAUCAAUCUUAGCCAGAAGGAAAAUGGAGACCCUUCCUGGCAGGAAGCGAAAGUGUCAUGGUUUGGUUCUCCUACGACGUCUUUCUUGUCUCUGUCAAAACUCUUCCCUUUCUCUGAAUAUUUCAAAGUGCGGUUUAAUCGUAAGAAGAAAGGGAUGUAUCGGAAAGCUAUUACGGAAGCUGCCAAGGCAGUGGAACACCUGACCCCGGAAAUAAGAGACCUCCUAACACAAUUUGAAACGUAAUUUUGGCUUCUGUAGCAGGUAACCGAAGCUAAGAGCACAGCUGUCCUAGAGUUUCACAAAGUCUGUAAACAUCCUGACUUGCUUCCCUGGGAGAAUCUUCAGGUUUCAGUGCACAUGGCGGCAGGAUACGUUUUCAGACUGGUCUGGCUCACUCACCUGUGAAAAAGAGAAAAAAAAGGCAUCUGGACUGCUCAGGAAGUCUUCCAGAAGCUAGUCUGACCAAAAGUCAUAGGGCUACUUAACCCAAAAGAAGCAAACUUGGCGAGUAAUGUUUCCACAAAGUAGGAUCCUAAUGAAAUACUACAACUUGGAAUGUAUUUAUUUACCUAUGAAAUGAUAGCUAUUCUUGAUAAUCCCCCCCCCCUCUCCGAUUUACACAUACAUUGCUGCUGCUUUGACUUAACAAGAUCUCUCACACUUUGUUUUUAACGCUGCAAAACUGUUUACUCCAGUUUCUGUACACUCUUUGAGAAGGGACAUGCAAUAGAAUGGAAAUCAGUGUAGUCUUAAGUUGAAAUGGACUCACUUUCGUGUCUAUUAAAAUUUGGAAAAUGUGCAACA